AUGGACAGUGACGGUCAAUUGGUCAAACGACCAGGCUCUCCCAUUGUCCCGGCUUCUCCAGGAAGAGCAUAUCAACCAGGUCAACCACGUAUCAACUACUCUCCAGAACGCCCCCAAAUUGAAGCAGCGAGUGAGGAAGCGGCCCCCAGAGCUGGUCUUCGUCGUAGAGCCAGUCAUCAGAAUCCACUACGCACCUCAGGAGAAUUCGAUACACGUCCUAGUUCAUCCCGUCCAAUAAGGCCACGCGGAGACGACGGCUACCAUAGUAGCCAGGAAGACGAAAGAGCUCCCCGUUCUCGUCACGAUGACUACCAUCACCAUCCCGAUUCAAGAGAACGCUCUCGUCCUCCUCGCAGCUAUAGAAAUGGAGAAUGGGAUCGGGCACCAACUUCCGCUUCUAAACCAUAUUUCGAGGAGUCUCGUCAUGAUUACUCCGAUAGAGACUUGGAGAGAGGAGAGCCAGAUUACUCCCCUUCCCCAAGGAGGAGGAGAGCGAGCACGGUUGAAAGCAUCGAUGGGUACAACUACUACGCCCACCGGAAGGGAAAGGUCGAUUUUAAAUCUCUCUCCAAAGCAGAACAAAAGGAGAUUCUCAGACUUCCAUGGACUGAGUGGAUGAACUCGGAUUUCAAGAAUCGUUUGUCUCUCCUUCCCCUAAAGUGCGACGCGAUAUAUACUCACAGAACAUUCCAGAUUUCGUAGCAACCCUAGGAGAAUUCGUCGGUACGACCAUGUUCCUCUUCUUCGCCUUCGCCGGCACCCAAGUAGCCAACAUCCAAUCCGCAGCAUCCUCCACUACCACCUCCGGAGGCGCAACUGGCUUCAACAUCUCCGUCUACCUCUACAUCAGCGUUAUCUUCGGCUUCUCUUUGAUGGUCAACGUCUGGAUCUUCUUCCGUAUCUCAGGUGGACUAUUCAACCCCGCCGUCACACUAGCAAUGGUCCUCGUCGGGGCCGUCCCACCCAUCCGCGCCAUCUUCCUCUUCAACGCCCAAAUUGUCGGUGCGAUUGCGGCGUCAGGAAUGGUCAUCGGUAUGUUCCCUACGAGUUUCAAUGUCAGGACGACGCUUUCGGGCGGUUCUAGUUUGGUACAGGGGGUGUUUAUUGAGGCGAUUCUUACGGCGGAACUCGUGUUUACGAUCUUCAUGUUGGCGAAGGAGAAGCAUAAAGCUACGUUCAUUGCGCCGGUUGGUAUUGGGCUUGCGCUUUUCAUUGCCGAGAUGGUGGGGGUGUAUUAUACGGGGGGAUCGCUGAAUCCGGCAAGGAGUGUGGGGCCGUGUAUUGUGACUUGGACUUGGGAUAAGGAGCAUUGGAUUUAUUGUGAGUUUUCCUUCUUCCCCAUCCCUUUCAUUUCCCUAACCCUCACCCAUAUAUCUCUCACUCCUCCGCGUUGAUAUUCUGAAACCAACGACAUAAUACUCAUAUUUCCAAACAGGGGUAGGACCCUUCAUCGGCUCCCUCAUCGCCGUUAUCUUCUACCGCUUCAUCAAGAUGCUCGAGUACGAGAUGGCGAACCCAGGUCAAGACGGCGACGACGUCAACGACCCGACCAAGAACCCGGAGAAGCGACAGGAGAUCCAGCGUCGACGGGAGCAGAAACAAAUGGAACGAAUUAGUCGGAGGAAUACCAGGGAUUAA